UGCCUCCAAACACUGGCUGGGUACAAACUUCCUUCUCCGCCCGAUCCAAUUUAUCCAUUAUCGAGGAGUGCCGCCGUAUUGGUUGCAUUGUUUGUCGGACGCAGUGGCGACUUGUAUGUGCUGCUUAGCAGACGGGCUGAAACCCUUAGAAGCUUCCCUGGAGACACAUCCCUUCCGGGAGGCCGUUUUGAGCCUGGGGAUCGCAAUUUGGAGGACACGGCACGCCGUGAGGCAUUUGAGGAAAUCGGCCUACCCCAGGACCGGUAUCGCAUUCCGCUGUUGUGCUACCUCCAACCAUUCCUCAUUGGAACCCAUUUGCUGGUCACUCCCGUGGUGGUACUAAUUCUGGACCCAGAGGUUCGACCCAUCCUCAACGAACCAGAAGUUAGUGCUUUGUUUUCCCACCCUCUUCACGCCUUUCUUCUCCGCGACGCCCCCUUUGCAAGAUAUCACUUGCCGCAUUCUGAAGCCCAUCCACACUCCCCAAACUUCCUUGCUCGGCACCUCCGUACAAUCCCCAUCGAUAAUAUCCACGCAUCGAAGGUCCGAAUGCACAAAUUCCUCACCGGAAGAGAAGAUCUUGGAGUAAAACCAGUGACAGGACUCACCGCAGCAAUCUUGCUGCACACUGCUAUGGUGGGCUAUCAAAAAGAACCCGAAUUCCUCCCUCACGCUCCUGGGGAGCUGUCGCAACAAGAUCGUAUUGCGUAUGCGCUGCGCACAAUUCCAGUAUUCACAGAGGCCGUCAAAAGGGCUAAAGAGGAACUAGACAUUGCUCGACGUGGUAGACUCCCUAAGCCUAGCCCUUCAAGCAAGCCCAUUGCAAGCCCAGCGCCACCUAGAGCUUUGACUCACACGAAAUAUAAAUUGUAG